GCAUCAUUUCCUUUCGGACACAGAAUCUCUUUCCUGCUAAACGUGUGUGGAGGAGCUAGCUUGCGCUACAUCUAGCUAGCUGUCGAAACUCCCACUUCACCACGACCAUUCCACCAUUUGUUUUGCCCUACUUCUCGGUAAAGAUAUUUGUUUCCGCGCUUUCAUCGGACAUCCCGCUUCAGCCAUGCCCAACAUCGUGCUUUUCAGUGGGAGUUCCCACCACGAUCUGUCGCAAAAAGUGGCUGACAGACUGGGACUGGAUUUGGGGAAAGUGGUCACCAAGAAGUUCAGCAAUCAGGAAACGUGCGUGGAAAUCGGCGAGAGCGUCCGAGGCGAGGACGUCUACAUCGUGCAGAGCGGCUGCGGCGAGAUCAAUGACAACCUGAUGGAGCUGCUCAUAAUGAUCAACGCCUGCAAGAUCGCUUCAUCGUCACGCGUCACCGCCGUCAUCCCCUGCUUCCCCUAUGCCCGUCAGGACAAGAAGGACAAGAGCCGUGCCCCCAUCUCGGCCAAGCUGGUGGCCAACAUGCUGUCUGUGGCGGGGGCUGACCACAUCAUUACCAUGGACCUCCAUGCUUCGCAGAUCCAGGGCUUUUUUGAUAUUGCUGUGGACAACUUGUAUGCAGAGCCUGCAGUUCUCCAGUGGAUCAGGGAGAACAUUCCGGAAUGGAAGAACUGCAUAAUUGUGUCUCCAGAUGCAGGCGGGGCCAAGCGAGUUACGUCAAUCGCCGACCGUUUAAACGUGGAGUUUGCCCUCAUCCACAAGGAGCGGAAGAAGGCCAAUGAAGUGGACCGCAUGGUUUUGGUCGGAGACGUCAAGGAUCGCGUGGCAAUCCUGGUCGAUGACAUGGCUGACACUUGCGGUACCAUCUGUCAUGCUGCCGACAAGCUGAUCUCAGCUGGAGCUAUUAAAGUGUAUGCCAUCCUGACCCACGGCAUCUUCUCAGGCCCUGCCAUUUCCCGCAUCAACAAUGCACCCUUUGAGGCUGUGGUGGUCACCAACACUAUUCCCCAGGAGGAGAAGAUGAAGCAGUGUCCAAAGAUCCAGGUCAUCGAUAUAUCCAUGAUACUGGCCGAAGCCAUCCGAAGAACGCACAACGGGGAGUCCGUGUCUUACCUCUUCAGCCACGUGCCCUUGUAAGAGAGGAACAGCGGGCAGAGCAGUCUUCCCAGGAGCCAGUCACCUCACACCAGUAGCACACUUCCCGGGAGAGGGGACACCCAUCGGCUGGACCAUUCCAAGUGACUGAUUGUGUGCCCGCUACCAUUUCCCCACAAAGUCACCUUGCAUUUACCGUGUUCUCUUUAACAGCGAAGGUAGCUUCCUUUCCCUCACAGUAGGCAUGGAAGUUGUGAAACACUGAACUAGGUUGAUGCUGCCUUAAUCAGAGGUCUUCAUUCAUACCUCACUGUAAUGUAGUCACGUUAAGAAACAUUCCAGACAAAGAACAGUUUUGUUUUUUUUUUUUUUUUUUUUUUUUAUUUAAUGGCAACCAUGCUGUUACUAGGGCUUGUUUGGCAUUUCAUUAAAAAAAUAACUUUUUGUUCGUUCUUGAAGGACUUUUUCAGUGUUAUAGUGGAAGCAUGCACUCAUUAGCUUCAUUGCCCUUAGUUCAGCAGAAGGUGGUCUCCUCAGAAACCCAAAGUUUUCCAUCUGUAUAUUUCUAGGUUUUUGUCCUUUUUUCUUGAAACACCUUUUUUUUUUUUUUUUUUCCUUUUUCAAGCUUUAUUGUACACUGGUAAUGAAAAAAGCUUUUAAAAUUAAAUUUUAAUUUGUGAUGUUCCAAGUACUCAAGUUUGGGAACUUGAAGUAAAGAAGGAUUGUCCUUCAAACCUUGCUUUGUGAAUUAAAGUGUUGCAUUCUGAAAGGGUAGGGUUUGGAGUGGUUGUGCUGGAACGGGUCGUUUUUCAGACAAUUCAAGGUUCUUUAGAGUCUAACGAUGAGGCACAGUGAAGGUUUUAAAAAAAGGCCUUUAUUACUGUUCUUCAGAACUUUGCCAGGUGGUGUCCAUCACUGAUGUACGCACAUGCUUGCUGAGUGUUUAUGCCAAACACUUUAAAGGAUAUAUGGCUGAAAUGUUAAUGCGCCUGUGUCUCGUUCAUGAGUCCAUGGUGCGACUUUUAAUACAGCCAGCUUACCCAUCACUUUUUUAUUAUGUACAUAAAACUCGCUGAUCAAGGCCUUUUAACCUGUGUGUGGAAACUCACAAAGUUAGAGGUAAAAUGUGCAAGAAUGAAAAGAAUCCAAAAAGACAAAUAAAAUAGUGACAAAAUAAUGUAUAAUACAAUGGAGAGUAGAGUAAAUAAUGAAAUAAUCACAAAGUUUAUUCCAUCAGUUUUUCAUCAUCAGGUUACCAAACUACUCCCAAGAAAGCUUCCACACAGGAGGAAUGAGCACAUUACAUAAUUGUAAGUGUCUUUUAUGGACAGUAAAAUAUUUACAAGUACUAUGCGACCAUGUCUUUAUUAGUAAUAGAUAACCGUUUAGCUGCUCUUUGUGGACAAGAGUGAGUGAUGGUAUUUAGUGUAGAGGGAAAUUAAAAUAUAACUAAUUCAAACAAUUGCUGUUUUCAUUGUAGCGUUGCUUCAUUACUUCAGUGGAAAGCUUCUUCAAGAACCAGUUUAUAUUACUGAUUUCUCUUAAGCGCUGAUUUUCCAUACACAAAGAUUGUUUUUGCUUGAAUUACAUUGCACUGUUAGCAUGGAGUCUUUGCUGAACAUCAUUUUAGAUUUUUUUUUUUUUUUUUUGAUGUUGGCAUUGGUUUCUUGUGUGUCUGGAAGACCUAUGUGUUUCAAGGAAGUACAAAGAUCUCCUGUUUUAAAGUAGGAAGUGAGUUUAUGUCACCUCAAUUUGCAGUCAGCUCACAGUCUCUAAAGGUUUUUGUGUCGUCAUAUAUUUUUCUUAAGUUGUCAUGUCUUUAGUAUUUUGCAUUUUUUGAAUUAAUGAAUUAACAAACAUCUUUGUCUCUCAGUGUUUGACCUGUAAUGAAAUAUCAGACAUGGUCAGUGUUUUGGAUACAGGGUAGGGGAGAUAGUUUUGCCAAGGAUCCUCAACGUUACGCCGCUGCCCACAGAAUAGGAAGUGUCUUUUUGGAGGAAAAUGCACAUAAUCUCAGUACAGUCAAUUCUAGCCUUCUUGGUUUUUUCCUGCUUGAUGAACAUCUACUCCUCCAGGUUGUGGGCUCAAAGGCAGUUGUCAUGUGAUACAUCAUCCAUUAACAGUUCUGUUAUAUUUAACUGCAGAGGAAGGAAACUAUUGCAUGUUCUUCCUAACA